AACUCAGAACGACAGCUGCUCUUUGUGGACCUUGAACAGGAUCCUCUGAAGAUGAUAACAGAAGCAGAAAAAAGCCCACUGGUGAUGCAGCUUAUAUCAAUUCAGAAGUUGUUCUCUUUGUCAUUUCCUCUUGGUGAAAGGAAAGAUGAUGCAUCAUCAUCUUGCAGUAUAGAUAACAUGGUUGAUGCUAAACCGCCCAGAAAUGAACUUGUCCCUUCUCAGUCAUCUGACUUUAUUGAUCUUAGUAGCUGCAUGCAAAACACUCAGGUCACUCUGCCAACAUUAAAUGGAUGGCUUCUUGGUUAUCCAGUUGUGUACAUGUUCAUCAAGGAGCACGGCGUUAAGGCUGUUCGUAAUAUUUCUAGCAAGUAUCUUCACAUCUAUAGAAUAUCAGUAUGCAGGAACGGAACCCCCAAUAAAGAAUCUGAACUCGAAGAACUCUUGAGGUAACACUCCAUUAAAUUUUUACUUAGUGUUAUUC